GAAGCUUGACAAGUAUUAUAUGGUGAUGAUCCUUCGUGCUUUGCCUCUAGAUUUGAAUCACAUCAAAGAUCAACUUCUGACAAGCCAUGAGGUCCCUUCCUUGGAAGCCUUGACCACACAUCUUCUUCGUAUUCCAAUGCCUCAAUCUCAAGAAGCUCAUGAAACAAUGGAACCAUCUGUCAUGGUUGCCACACGAGGAAGAGGAGGACAUGGCACUAGAGGAGGAGGACGUGGAGGUCGGGGACAUUCGCAGUGCACUUACUGUAAGAGGGUGGGUCACACCCAAGAAAACUGCUACUCCUUGCAUGGCUUUCCUUCAAAAACAACCAAUAUCUCUAAGGCUGACACUCCCACUUCCAACUCCAUGUUCACUGAGGAUGAGUAUCAAGAGUAUCUGCGAUUAAAGUCUAACAGCUUGGCGCAAUCAUCUCAGUCCUCAAGAGCGUGGCUCGGGGAGACAGAUUGGAGAAGGAUAUGAAGCUGGAGGUUUAUACCAUUUUGGAUCUUGUGCACAG